AUGACGGUCUUAUCACGAUUCCUCAACAAGAAGACUACUGAGGAUGUUCACGAGAAGGGAACACCCGACAGUGUCACUCCUGCAGGCACUCCUCCCAGGGGUAACUCAGAUACAGUGCAGGCCACAGACCUCGAGCCCAAGGGCCGAGUACCUGCCAUCUCCAUCAUUCUGGGAGCUGUUGCCAGUAUUGGUGGCUUCAUGUUCGGAUACGAGUCUGGACAGAUAUCUGGUUUCCUUGAGAUGGAUGAUUUCCAGAGCCGCUUCGGUGAGAACGGCAAGUUCUCUGCGGUACGCUCUGGUGCCAUUGUCGGUCUUCUUGCCGUCGGUACCCUUUUCGGGUGCUUGGGCUCAGCGCCUCUAGCUGACACCUUCGGUCGUCGUCUCACUAUCUCCGGUUCUGCCUUCUUCUACAUCAUCGGUGUGAUUAUCGAAAUCACUAGCAAGAAUGUCUGGGUUCAGUUCGCCAUGGGUCGUUUCACUGCUGGUCUCGGUAUCGGAGCUCUUUCGACCGUCGUGCCCAUGUACCAAUCAGAGUCCAUCCCGAAGCGUAUCCGUGGUGCUACCGUUUCCUCAUACCAGCUGUUCAUCACACUGGGUAUCUGGACUGCGUACAUGGUCAACUACGGCACAGAAAAGGAUUACAGCAACAGUGCUCAAUGGCGUAUUCCCAACGGUCUUUCCGCACUAUGGGCCAUCAUUCUCGGCAGCACCAUCCUCCUCCUUCCCGAGUCGCCUCGUUACGCAUACCGCAAGGGCAACGUCGAAGAUGCACGCAAGAACAUGGCUCGUCUCAACGGUGUAGAUCCCUACAGCCCCUUCAUUGACGCCCAGAUUGCCGAGAUCCAGGAGAAGCUCGAAGCUGAAUCUGCUGGUGGUGACCACCCAUGGCACGAGAUCUUCACCGGUCCUCGCAUGCUGUACCGCACUCUUCUCGGAAUGGUGCUCCAGGCUGGUCAGCAACUUACUGGUGCCAACUACUUCUUCUACUACGGCACAACCAUCUUCGCCGCCACCGGUCUCAGCAACUCUUACGUCACCUCCAUCAUCCUCGGAACUGUCAACGUCGUAGCAACCAUCUUUGGUCUAUGGGUUGUCGAGAACGUCGGUCGCCGCAAGGCUAUGAUGGCUGGUGCCGCAUGGAUGGCCGUCUGCCUUUUCAUCUAUUCUUUCAUUGGACAAUACCAGCUUGAUCACGUAAACCCCCUCAGCACACCACAAGCCGGAAACAUCAUGAUUGUCUUCACCUGCCUGUUCAUUGCUGCAUUCGCUACGACCUGGGGCCCCCUUGUGUGGGCUAUCGUUGGAGAAAUGUAUCCGGCAAGAUACCGUGCCACCUGCAUGGGUCUCGCUACUGCGUCCAACUGGCUCUUCAACUUCAUCAUCUCCUUCUGCUCUACCCUCAUCACCGACCGAAUCGACUACUUCUACGGUCUCGUCUUCGCCGUAUCCCUCGUCAUCCUCUUCUUCGUCGUCUACUUCUUCAUGAUCGAGACAAAGGGUCGCUCGCUCGAGGAAAUCGACACCAUGUACGUCCUCCACGUCAACCCUAUUACCAGCGCCAAUUGGGACCCGUCCAGCCUCCAAAAGGAUGGUUUGGUGGAUACCGACAGGCUGCAUAUGGGUGCUGGAGGCCGUACCUUCAGCAAGGCUGAACAGUCUGGUGGAGGCAUCUUGGAGCCUGCGGAGAGGAACGAGGUGCAAGUUUGAAAUGUUGUAAAUCUGAAAGCUGGUGCUUUCCUUUGAUUGUUGUUAUAUUUUUCUUUCACGGCGACACUGGAGCACGCUGGUUAUGGCAGCACAGUGAUGGGGAAAAGCAAGAAAAUUCUUAUGAGUUGUAAUGUGAGAGAGAUGAUUAGUUGGUUGUAUAUGAUUGCGAUAGGAUUGUCGGGUAUGCGGACAUGAGAUAAUGUUAUGCGCCAAUGGCAUGUUUUGAAA